CACCUCCCAGCGGGCACCUCUGACAUCAUACCUGUGAAUGGCUCUCCGGCAGCUUUGGGCUCUCUCCGUGGCACUGGUGUGGGGCUGCGUGGCGUCCUCCUCCCCCCAGAGCGCAGUUGCUCCCCCACAAGACCUUCAGAUCACUGAUCCUGGACUCUUAGGUUCUCUCGAUAUAGAGUGGAAACCUCCACCCCAUGUAGAAACCUUCACUGAAUGCACAGUAAAAUACAGGCUUGAAUACCGCAACACUGGUGACAGAGACUGGAAGGUUAUUUUUACUAGGAAGCUAAAAAGCAGAGUUGGAUUUGACCUCAGCAGGACUGCUGAAGUGAAGGUACAGACGCUGCUCGAAGGACGAUGUACUGAUGACGUGGAGGUGCAAAGUGCCUGGAUUUAUGCUACCUUUCAGGUGCCAUUGCAAGGAAAACUGGAAUCAGAGGUUCAGAAUUUCCACUGCAUCUAUCAUGACUGGGAAUACCUCAAGUGUACUUGGCAACCAGGUCUCCUUGCUCCUCGUGGCGUACAUUAUGGACUGUAUUAUUGGUACGAGGGGCUGGACCACGCAGCGCAGUGUGAUGACUAUAUUCAGGAUCAUGGUAUAAACAUUGGCUGCAUGUUGCAAAAUCUGAGCCAGGCAGAAUAUAAGGAUCUGAGCAUUUGUGUCAAUGGUUCGGCAGCAGCCCCCUCCACAACCUAGCUCUUGGAUUGCGCCUCCUGACAUUCCCUCUUUUUGUCCCCCCCAGCAAAGCCCUCACCCCCGAAGCAGCUGGUGGUUUCCAUGUCUGCAUCUGAGGAGCUCCACGUGGCGUGGAGCCCACCAGGUGGUGAAACGCCACCCCAGUGCCUGGAGUACGAGGUUCAGCUGGCAGAAGAUCACGGGGAGGCCAAUGCUGCCUGGGCGUCUGUGUCAACCCAAAUGGAGACCACUUUAACAAUUUCCAGAGCAAAUCAAAGCCGUAUUUCAUGUGUUCGUGUCAGGGGGAGAACAAAUAUUUUCUGUGCUGACCAGGGCUUUUGGAGUGAAUGGACGCCGGAGUGUUUCUCUGUCUCCACAAAAGAGGACAAGCAGCUAUUUAUCCUCGUUCCAGUCAUUCUGAGUUUGUCAAGUACCCUCUUAAUAUGUAUGUUGGUUGGCCAAUGCAAGAAAAGAUCCCCUGCAGGAAAGCCAUUGCAUGCAUUGGUGGGAUGCUAACUCUGCUUGCGACUGCUGUACUGCUUGUGUUUGAUGGAUUGCUCAGAACAUCAUCCCAAGGACAGCUGAGAAGCCCUGAGCUUUCUAUAGCCCACAUGGGUCUUCCCUACCUGCUGCCAUUUGUGAGGCUGGUUGUUGCAGUUCGAGUCCUCAACGGGCCCAGGAAAACAUUGGAGGAGUUUUAAACUGAAUCUGGAGCGAGCUGUUUCUGAUAACGGGACAAGGGAGAAAAAAAGGAGGUGGUGGAAACUGCCAUGAAUAAAGAUAACAUGUUGCUAUGUGGGUUUGGUUUUGACUUUUUGAGGACUCUAGUAAUCUGUCAGCAGGGCACACACCGAAGGGCAGCACCUCACACACCACGCUAGGGACAAACGCCAGCACCCAGCCCCUGCGCUCGGCCUCGCCCUCGCCACAUCUUCCUCGUCCCCACGUACUCAGCCUCCUGAGAGCAUCUAAAUGCUGAACAUGAGCUGCUUAAGCUAUUUAUUUCAUUAGUGGGUAUGCUUUAUCUGCUGCA